AAUCGGGACCAUCGGACCUCAUUUUCUUCGACCUGAGCUUCCGAAUUCUGCAACUCUCUAAUGGCGGAGGAAAACAAAGCCAAGGCUUCUGCUAUCAACAAAGGCAAGAAGAGGAAGCAGUAUCUCCCUUACAAUAAACCUGUGAAGAAGAGAGGGGCAUACCCAUUAAGGCCAGGUGUUCAAGGCUUCUUCAUCACAUGUGAUGGUGGCAGGGAACGCCAAGCUGCCCAUGAGGCUAUUAACGUCAUUGACACUUUCUAUGAAGAGCUGGUCCAAGGGAAGGAUUCUGAUGAGAAGCUUGUGGACUUACCUGAUAAACCUUUAAAUAAAAAGAUCACUUUUUCGUAUAGUGAUGAUGAGGACAAUGAUGAAGAGAGAGAAGAGGAAGAGAAGGAGGAAGGAAGUAAAUCAGAUACUUGUAAAGAUGAUGAUGCUAGUCGUGAAAUUCCAACAAAAGAGACCAAUGACAGCAAAGAGGGUGGUGAAAAUAAUGAAAAUCAAGCAGAUGAAACCGGGGAGCCACCAUCAAAGAAGCAAUGCCUAGAAACAGACACAUCAAAGUGUGGGCCAAAUGGAAAAGAGGAGAAGUCUGUUGAUAAACUAAUUGAAGCUGAACUUGAAGAACUUGGUGAUAAGAGCAAGAGACGCUUCCUCAACCUUGAUUCAGGUUGCAAUGGUGUUGUCUUUGUUCAAAUGCAGGAGAGAGAUGGUGACCCUAGUCCCAAGGAUAUUGUGCAGCACAUGAUGACAUCUGCUGCAUCGACCAGGAAACACAUGUCAAGGUUUAUCUUAAGAGUGUUACCUGUUGAAGUGGCAUGCUAUGCUUCUGAAGAGGAAAUUUCAACAGCAAUGAAAUCUCUAGUGCAACAAUAUUUUCCAGCGGAAACUCAGAAUCCUCAGAAGUUUGCUGUACUGUAUGAGGCCCGUGCAAAUACUGGUGUUGACAGGAUGAAGAUCAUAAAUUCAGUUGCAAAGUCUGUACCUGCUCCUCAUAAGGUUGAUCUUAGCAAUCCUGAUAUGACAAUUGUGGUUGAGAUUGUCAAGACUGUGUGCUUGAUUGGGGUUGCCGAAAAGUACAAGGAAUUGGCAAAAUUCAACCUGAGGCGGCUCACAUCAUCAAAUUAAUAACUAUGAAUCACAUCAAUACAUUGUAAUUUAAUCUGAGGAUCUCCACAAAAGGAGAAAUCGGCCACUGGAUCUAGACUUGGCAGUAGCUUUAUAAUUAAGUAAUUCAGAUGGUUUGUUAUUUUUACUGAUAUAAAAAUUUGGUUUUUCCUUCUUGAAAAUUUCUAAAUUUUGUUGCAAUAAAACAUAUUUCAUUUU